AUGAGCGGAGCAUCAAAGGGCAAAGGAAAGAAUAGACAGACGCGUUUCCCCGUCGCGCGCAUCAAGCGCAUCAUGCAAAAGGACGAGGAAGUUGGCAAAGUUGCGCAGGCCACGCCCGUCGUCAUCUCAAAGGCGCUAGAGUUGUUUAUGCAAGAUGUGAUGGGUGCCGCUGCGAGGAUUUGCGAGGAGCGAGGAGGUCGUCGAGUGGAAGGAUAUCAUCUCAAGCUCGCCAUCGAGAACACGGAGACGUUUGACUUUCUCAAGGAGAUUGUGCAAGGCGUGCAUGAUCCUACAAAUGGAGGAUUGAUAUCCGAAGAGCAGCUGGCUGAAGCGCGGGCAGCAGAACGUAAACCACGAAAGCGGCGGGCAAAGGCAGCGAAUGGAGAAGAGGAAGUGUAA